AUGCAACAACAGUGUGCUCAAUAUCGUUCUCUAAACAUUAAAGAACUAUCUAAUCUUUACAGCGGCAAUGACAUCAACAUUGUCUUUUCAUUCACGCUAACCUUAUCUAGACUGACUUCAUCAUACGCCAUCGAAUCCAUAAGCAGAAAUGCAAUGAGAACGUUGCAGAGAUACCACCCAUUACUUCGUUCCCGGUUGAUAUAUUUCAAUGAAUUGUGGCGGUUUGUCUCUCAGGAGCUGGAUGAAUCUGAUGAUUUAGCAGAUAUUAUUGAUAUACCAAUAAGAGAUGUUCAUGUGUUAUCGGAAAAAGAGUUGGCAAUAACGACACAGCGUGAAUAUUCAUGUGAAUUAGACACUGAAAUAGACACAUGCGAAUCUCUUUGCAGAAUGGUAUUAAUCACUUGUGAUAACUCUUGCAAAGUAGGAGUUAUAUUCUGCUUCCUGGCGACAGCUUUCGAUGCGAGGAACGCCUUUGAAAUAACGCAGAACUGGAUAAGAGGGUUCCGAUUACAAUUACAACGUGCUGAACGAGAGACGUGGGUAAUUGUGCCGAUGCAAGAACUUAGAGAUGGAGAGAAAAGGUCGCUUAUGAACAGCGUCAGCGAUAGUUGGAUAUCGAGGGUGGCUUUUCUGAUAGAAGCGCUGAUAUUCGUCAUUUGGAUCCUGUGGGCUCAACCGUAUAAUCUACCAGAAUCUGCAUACUCACGUGAGCAUUAUACUGACGACCAGCGAAAGUCGCAUCUGUGUUUCUUCUCGUUAACGCCAGCGGAAACGGCGAAUUUCAUUCAAUAUUGCAACAGAAAUCGAGUGUCUACUAGCGCAAUGUUGACCACAAUAAUAGCAGAGUCGAUCUCGCAAAAAAAUGGAAAAAAGCCCGUAUUGAGUGAACUGAUCAUAGAUCUGCGACCAUCGUUGGGUAUUUCUCGGCACGUAAAUGGGGUCUUCUCCUCGUUAAUCUACCUCCGUCAUCCGCGAACGUCCGGCACGAAUAACAACCGAUGCCGAAUUCGUCGGGCUAAGCGAUCACAGAGAAAUAUAGAGCGGCAAAUAAAAUUUGGUAUUCCAUACCACAAUUUAUAUUAUCUAUUGCCUAAUAAACCGUUAGAGAAGGGAGAUCUACGCAGGAGAGGCCUACUUGUCGGAUAUGUGCUUGAAGAUCUUGGAACAUGUUAUGAAAGGAACGACGGCGAAAGUGGUGGUACUGAAGCAAAUAACGACGACGGAAAAGAUAUGCUUAAGGUUGAAAAUAUGUUUUUUGCAGUUACGCCAACUGUAGUUAAGGCACCCCGUAUUGAGGUCAGAACAUUGACAUAUGAUGGUCGAUUAUAUUUUACGUUUGAUGCUUGCGCCAAGUCAAUUAGUGAGGAUGUUAUAAGAGAAGUUGGUAAUGCUGUCGUCGAGUAUGUGAGUCGAAUUAGCGAUUAG